AUGAACCGAAGCUCUUCUGCGAGUUGCGUUGUGACUGCGCCUGACGGUGCACGUCUUAGUGGUUACUGCGGCACAGGAUCCGACUGGAUGCACGUGUUCAACAUCAGCACUGGCUCGAACCGCACCUUCGAAUCCACAGAUCCUCGAAUGAUCAAGGCGGACGCGCCCAAUCUGAUUGCGCAGUUCAGCGGUCUCGGUAUUCCUGGCGGGAUGCCGGCGACGACCCCACUUGAUGACUCCCGCGCGGCUGAGUGUGCUCUGUGGUAUUGCCUCCAGGCCAGGAAUAUCAGCGUAGAAUCCGGACAGCUGAAGGACGAGAUUGUCGAUACCUGGAGUGAGGUGGAUGAAGGCUCGACUUCCACCGGGAGAAAUGUCACAUUCGUGAACAUCCCGGCCAACUUCAAUACCGAGGCAGGCAAGAGCUACGGAAUGGGUCCAUUUCAGAUGUACGCCAUGAAAGCAUACGCAAAGACAAACAUUAUAGGAAACGUCAGCGCCGAUGGGACUUUGGGGAUUGUCUUCACCUCGGCGUCUCCCUUUGCGGACGGAAUGCACGCCAGUUUCGGGGACGUCGGCAGCUGGAUGGAGAGACUUACAAGAAGCUUGACCAACGACGUACGCCUGAACAGUAACGACACUACAGGCAACGACGCUUUCAGAGGUACCGUGAUGGCUACCCAGGUUGUCAUUGUAGUGCGCUGGGCUUGGAUCGUGUACUCUGUCGCCCUGGUCGCUGUGUCGGUGAUUUAUCUCGUAGUUGAGGUUUUGCGGACGAAAAGGAAAGGGCUGCUGCCAUGGAAGUCCGACGUACUUUUGCCAGUAUGCAUGAACAUGGACGAUGAAAUCAGAGAGAAAGCAGCUGGCGGCAUAGUUGAGCCUGGCGGCCUCAAGAGGCUGGUCGGAGAUGUUCCGGUUCAGCUCAAGGCUGACAGGACAGGCGUCAUCCGGUUCGCGCAAGAGGUCAAGACCGAUGGAACCCAUUCGCCCAGAGAAAAUGCGAAUGAGUGA